AUGUAUUCGCUUAGAACAUUUAGUUUCAGGUUAAAACCUUGUGUGCAAACCGUGACUGUUCAGACAUCAAAGAGGUGUUUGAACAGUUCUGCCCGUCCUUUGGCUGUUUCCGGUAUCGCAUUCAAUAAUGUCAAAGUGGCCACCUUUAACUUCAUAAAUUCGUCAAAAGUCCAUGGCACGUCAUCGAUACGAUUUAAUUCACAGAGAUGCGGCAUAAUUAAUAGAACUUAUGCGACCGAAUCAGCUAAAUUCAAACGUGGAAAACCACACGUAAAUAUCGGCACAAUCGGGCAUGUGGAUCACGGAAAGACUACUUUGACGGCUGCGAUCACUAAAUGUUUGUCAAGCAAAGGGCAAGCACAGUUCAAGGAUUAUGGUGAAAUUGAUAAAGCUCCUGAAGAGAAAGCCAGAGGAAUUACCAUUGCUACAGCACACGUAGAAUAUGAAACUAAUACCAGACAUUACGCACAUGUCGAUUGUCCUGGUCACGCCGAUUACAUCAAAAACAUGAUCACUGGUGCAGCUCAGAUGGAUGGAGCUAUUAUCGUUGUGUCAGCUACAGAUGGACAAAUGCCUCAAACUCGGGAACAUUUACUACUUGCUCGACAGGUUGGUGUUUCAAAUCUUGUGGUAUUUAUCAACAAAGUCGAUGCGGUAGAUGAUCCAGAGAUGUUGGAAUUGGUCGAAAUGGAAAUGCGUGAUUUGUUGACACAAUAUGGAUUUGAUGGUGAAAAUACGCAAAUUAUUCAAGGAUCCGCUCUUGCAGCUCUUGAAGGAAGAGAUCCUGAGAUUGGAGAAAAGGCUAUAGAAAAAUUGAUGGACGCAGUGGAUAAGCAUAUUCCUACUCCUGUCAGGGAUCUGGAUAAACCCUUCUUGAUGUCCAUCGAAGGCAAGUAA